AUGGGAGUGGUGAGUAUAUUUUGUGAGACAUUAUUAGUACCAUUGAGUGUGCUGGUUACAUUAGGGUACCAUGCAUACUUGUGCCACAGUUUGAGGCGGCAUCCAGGGGUGACCACCAUAGGUUUCAACUGCAUCAAGCGGAGAAGCUGGCUUCACCAACUCAACCAGGGGGACGACAAGCAGGGGAUGCUCGCAGUCCAGAGUUUGAGGAACACAUUGAUGGGUUCCAUACUCACCGGGACCGUCACCAUCAUCAUAACCCUCUGCUUGGGUGCCCUCAUCAACAACACCUUCAACGUUUUCCAUCAUUUCCGCAGGAUGAUCCUCUUUUCCGUGGUCACCGACACCAGCGCACCCACCGGACUUGAGUCCAAGAUCAUUGCCAUCAAGUACGGAUCCGCUUACAUCUUCUUGGUCACAAGCUUCUUGAGCAGCUCUCUGGGCAUCUCCUACCUGGUGGAUGCCAACUUUUUGAUAAAUGCCGUCGGUGGGGAAUUGGACGCCGAGUACACCAGGACGGUGCUGGAACGAGGGUUCACCCUGGUGGCGGUGGCGAAUCGGGUGCUUUGCCUCACGCUGCCGUUGCUGUUAUGGAUGUUUGGGUCGGUUCCUAUGUUCAUCUCCUCCCUGGCUCUGGUUUGGCUUCUCUAUCAACUUGAUUUCCCCCCUGCCCAACUCCAUUACACCUCCUCCCACCUGUCAACUAGUACUACUUAG